AUGGAUGAGAAUGCCAGAAAGAGGAAAAGAGAAGAAACAGACAAAGACGAGACUCAAGAUGCGAAUAGCUCGCAUUCGGAGGAGGAACCUCUAGGUUCAGAGAAGCCGAGGGAGGGCCUUAAGCGGGGAGACUCCAAGCCAAAGAAGCAGAAGAAGGCCACUGCUACUUCAAAUCCUGAAGACCAAACAACCAAAGAUGGAGAUGUCAAACAACAAGCCAAGAGUGAAGCAAAAGCGGCAAAGCAGGAGAUGUUGAAGAAGAAACAAGCUGAGAAGCGCGAGAAACGAAAGGAGAAAAUAGCGGCACUAAAGGCUGCGAAGAGAGAGCAGCAGGCAAGCGUAGAAGCCUCUUCUAAGCCAUUUAAAUCAAAGGCCGAUGAUACAACUGAACAACCGUCGCCAUCAGUACAGAAACCCGCCAAAUCUACAGCGAAAAACAUCAAGAAUUCUGCUGAAAGUGACGGCGAAAUGGAAGAUAUAUCCCUGGAAGGAUUCUCUUCUGAAGCCCUGCAGGGCCAGGCAGGUCAUGAAUCAACUGCUCCCACUUCACCGAACAAUGCAUCAGAUCCAUCCAACCCCCCCUCGGGUAGCUCAUCUGUCUCUUCCAUUGUCCCGUCUACCGAAUCGUCUACCUCCAUCCCUGCUACUACUACCGACAACAAGCCAUCCCCACAGCUCGGAAAACCCCAGCGUACGCCUGAACAAAUAAGAGAAAGGUUACAAAAACGUAUCGAAGAACUUCGUGCCGCCCGUCAUGCCGACGGUGUUAAUGGGAAACCCGCCAAGAAUAGACAGGAGCUCAUCGAAGGUCGACGGCAACGUGAAGAGGCACGCCGUGCCCAGAAGAAGGAACAACGACAAAAGGCCAAAGAAGAAGAGCAACGACUUCGUGAUGAGGCCAUCUCUAAACGUUUCUCUACCCAGAACCCGGGCUCUCUUCUGUCCUCGCCUGCAUCGCCGGCCGACUCAAUAGCCUCUAUACCAAACAACUUCUCCUUUGGACGAGUGGUCUUUGCCGAUGGCCAACAGCUGGAUUCCAGCAUGACCGGCCUCCGAGAUGCAUCUAAGAAACGCGGACCCCAGGAUGCGAACACGGCCCUCAAGGCAGCAGAGGCUAAAAAGGCUCGCCUUGCUAACCUUGACGAAGAGAAACGCGCUGAUAUAGAGGAGAAGGAUAUGUGGCUUAACGCUAAGAAGAGAGCGCAUGGAGAACGUGUCAAGGAUGACGUUUCAUUGCUUAAGAAAGCUCUGCAUAGAAAAGAAGGGCUUAAGAAACGGAGCGAGAAGCAAUGGAAAGAGAGAAUAGAUGGGGUUGCUAAGGGAAAAGAAAUUAGGCAGUCGAAGAGGGAUGAGAACCUACGGAAACGAAAGGAGAACAAGGGGAUCAAGAGUGGGAAGAAGGUGACCAAGAGCAAAGGGAAAGGCAGGCCUGGGUUUGAAGGGGGCUUCAAGUCUAAGAAGAAGUAG